AUGGCCGAAUCCACGCCCGUUCCACCGACGGCGGAGAAGAAGACCUUCACCGGCUCCUGCCACUGCGGCUCCAUCAAAUACACCGCCUCCCUCACCCUCACCGACCCGCCCACCGCGGGCCGGUGCAACUGCACCAUCUGCCUGAAGCAAGGCUUCACCGGCAUCCGCAUCCCCCGCGAGGACUUCACACUGCUGUCCCCCGCGUCACUGUCCUCAUCCCCCGUGCGCGACUACCAAUUCCGCUCGCGCGACGUGCACAAGUACUUUUGCGGCACGUGCGGCGUCCACGUCUGCGGCGAGGGAUCGUUCGAGUUCCCCGCGGGCUCGGGGACUGUGCAUGAGUUUUUCUCCAUCAAUGCACUGUCCCUCGACCAGCCACAGGAGGGGCUCGACUUGAGUACCUUCAAGAUGAGAUAUGUUGACGGGAGGAAUGAUAAUUGGGCCGCGGGCAUGAGGGAUGCGCCUUGGCCGGGCGGUGCUGUGUGA